AUGAUUACUUUGGUCAUCUUCACAAUUUUAAUUAUCAAUUAUACUUUUGUUGCAACAAGUGUUUCGACAAUCAAACUAGGUGACCAACUCAACCUCACUUCUCAGCUUGUUUCCCCUGGUAACAACUUUACCUUAGGAUUCUUCAAAAACUACACUUAUUUAGGAAUCUGGUACACCAAUGAUGAAGAACCCCAUGUUUGGGUAGCCAACCCAUCUACACCGAUCACCUCAAGCUCUAGCGUCCUCAUGAUUGAUCCGAGCACUGGGAAUUUGAUCAUUUCAUCUGGAGGAUCAACCCUUGUAAAUAUUUCAAAUAAUCAACGACCGGGUAUAGGUCCUAAUCUGACCGCGACUCUCGAGGACACUGGUAAUUUUCUGCUCAAGAGUAGUGAAACUGAUGAUGAUAAGAACCAGAUUAUCUACUGGGAGAGUUUUGAUUAUCCGACUAAUGUACUUUUACCAGGCAUGAAACUUGGGUCAAACCUUAAAACCGGCCAGACUUGGAACUUAACUUCUUCGCUCACUGAUGAAAUCCUUGAUCCAGGUGCUUUUACUUUGAGCUGGGAACCCAAUCAGAGAUUAGUGAUUCGACGACGGGGGCAGCCAUAUUGGACUAGUGGAGAUUUGAUCAAUAAUCAAACGUUUGAGUUCAUGGCUGUGAACAGCCCAUUUAGUCGGUACCAGUACAACCUCAGUUAUACAUACAACAAUGAACAACGAUACUUUAGUUUUGAAAGCAUCAACGGUGUUAAACCCUUUUGGUAUUUGGAUCCACGUGGGUAUAUCCUAGACGGUGACACCAACCAGUUUUGGACUCCGGAAUUUUGUUAUGGGUUUGACGGUAAUGGAUGUGUGGCGGAUUCUAACUUGUCUCAGUGUAGGAGCCAAGAUGAUAAAUUUAGUCUACUAAAUGGGGAUUUUGCUCCAGGCAUGACUACGAGUUCAUAUGAUGACAAUUCAACCAUUAACUUUAGUGAUUGCAUGAUGCGAUGCUGGAAUGAUUGUGGUUGUUUGGGGUUUACAACACAUAGCACUGAAACUGGAUGCAUUACUUGGGCCGGAACCAAACCAAUCAGUAACUUUUCAGUUGAUGUUCAAGGGACAUCUGUGCCAAAAUAUGUGCUUAUUUCUCCAACUGAGCGUAAAGGAAACACGAAAAACUGGAUUUGGGCACCCAUUGUUGCUAGCAUAUUUAUACUUGUACUCUGCGUAAGCCUAUUGUGGUAUCGUAAAAGGAGAAAUCUUAAACAAAAAGUGGAGAGACAAAACAGAGAUGAUGAGUAUUUUCUUGAGCUUAUGGCUUCAGAAAGCUUCAAGGGUACAAGUAAUCUUGAAAGCAAUGGCAGAAAAGGAAGUGACUUGUUGGUAUUCAGCUUUGCUUCGAUAGUUGCAGCCACAGAUAACUUCUCGAGUGAAAAUAAGCUUGGUGAAGGUGGUUUCGGACCUGUUUACAAGGGGAAACUUAAUGACGAACGAGAAAUUGCAAUUAAACGACUUUCAAGAACAUCAGGACAAGGGCUUGUGGAAUUCAAGAAUGAGCUCAUACUUAUUGCCAAACUUCAACAUACAAAUCUUGUUCGGGUUCUAGGUUGUUGCAUUCGUGGAGAGGAAAAGAUGUUAAUUUAUGAGUAUAUGCCCAACAAGAGUUUAGAUUUCUUUCUCUUUGAUGAUACCAGAAAGGGGCUACUAGACUGGCCAAGACGAUGGUACAUCAUCGAAGGAAUUGCCCAAGGCUUGAUUUACCUACAUAAAUACUCUAGAAUGCGAGUUAUUCAUAGAGAUCUUAAGGCCAGUAAUGUUUUGUUAGACGAAAACAUGAAGCCCAAGAUAUCUGAUUUUGGUUUGGCAAGAACUUUCAAGCCAAAUGAGACUGAAGCAAUCACCAACAGGGUGGUUGGAACAUAUGGUUAUAUGUCUCCCGAGUAUGCUAUGGAAGGCACUUUCUCAGAGAAGUCAGACGUGUUUAGCUUUGGAGUCUUAGUAUUGGAAAUUGUGAGCGGAAGAAGAAAUACUAGUUUCUCUCAUCUUGACAAGACAAUCAAUCUAAUCGGAUAUGCAUGGGAGCUUUGGCAACAAGGGGAUGCACUGGAAUUAGAGGACACAACGUUAGCCGAAACCUGUGUUGUGCACCAACUAUUGAGGAGUGUUCAUGUUGCACUCCUGUGUCUACAAGAAAAUGCAUCAGACAGACCAGUGAUGUCAGAAGUGAUAUCUAUGCUAAGUAAUGACACAAUGUUGUUACCGACUCCAAGUCGGCCAGCAUUCCUCUUUGGCGCAACCGUAUCACAGUCAACAUCGGCAGAUAAGAAGUUAGAGAACUACUCUAUAAACAAAAUAACCAUUACAGAAAUGAAGGCUCGAUAAUAGGCACCAGGGGCGGAUUUAAAGUGUAAGAAGGUAGGUCCUAGGACCUACCUAAGUUUCGAAAAAUUUUAGAGGUUAUGUAAUAAUUUUUUCGAGGACCUGCGUAUAAAGUUGGUCAGGACCUACCUUACAUCUUAUUCUUGUAUGUGGAGAUAAUGUUAUUUUCAUAUGUUGCUUAUGUUGUCGGAAAUUAGAAGAAGACGAGGUUUUAGGAGAGAGAUACUUUUGGAAGUUUGGUCAAAUGUCUGCUAAUUAUAAAAUAAAA